CUGUCAUCUACAGAAAUGAUUAGGUCCAGAAUCCUGUUAGUCCUGUUUCUGCAGAGAAGAGGUGUGGAAAGAGUUAAGAGGGCGGCAGUGGUAUUAUAUUCCCAGUGUAUGUGUGCGCCUCGGUUGAGUGCUUUGCACUUAUAAAGUCCUGCUUGGCUUUUUCUAUCUGCCCCCUGCCCUGGACUCAUAAACUCAAAGGGCUUUUCCUCUUAUAGAAGCACCCUUGGGUGUGCUCCAGGGGGGUAUCAAUGGGGCAAGCAUUCCUUUCCCGGCCUGUGAUACCAGCUCUGCAGGCAGAGGAGGGGGAUCCUCCAAUGGUGCCCCCAGCUCCUUCAACUCCACCUACCAAAAGAAAAAGCAAGUUCUCUGGGAUAGGAAGGUUCUUCAAACCAUGGAAAUGGAGGAAGAGGAAGAGCAGCGAUACCUUUCGUGAGACUUCAGAAGUGCUGGAGAGAAAGAUCUCUAUGAGAAAGCCCAGAGAAGAGCUAAUAAAGAGAGGUGUUCUAGUGGAGGUACCUGAAGUACCUGAAGAUGCUUCAGUGAAAUCUGAGUCACCACCUUUAAGAAAUGGCCAUAUGAGCCAAGGAUCCAUCACUGAGCCACAAGAUGAUGACAAAAGUAUAAAGAGGAACAGUCGACCAGAUUCGACAGGACCACGUCCCAUUACUCAAGUGGAACUUGCACAGGAAGCCUUGCAGGAAUCUACAAAGCAGCCGCUUGCCUUACAGGAAUCCUCAAAGCAGCCACUUGCCUUACGGGAAUCCUCAAAGCAGCCACUUGCCUUACGGGAAUCCUCAAAGCAGCCACUUCUUCCUCCAAAAAGACCACUUUCCACCUCUAAUUCAGUCACUCAGGAUCAUAGUGAAGGUCAACGACCAGAGCCACCUCGGUCUGCAGCACGCUUGCCGAACACUACUCCUUCACCAGCACCUAGAACCCUGGUCCCUCCAAAAGCAUCUAAACAACCACCUGUUCCACCACCUAAGCCCCAGAACCGGAACAGCAGUCCUUUAAUGGCGGAGCUAUGCCAGGCACUUGGGGGAACCAACCUCACACCUGUUGGGUCUCGACCCUCUCCACCACUUCCUUCCAAACGAGGACUUCCACCUUCUACAGAUCCUGUGAGCAACAAAGAAAAGACUUUUCGACCUUUAUCACUGCCUUCUCACCUUGCAAAUGAAGCUCCAGCGCAUUCCCCACCAUCUCCAACGCCUCCUCCUCAGUCACCCAAAUUGCAGCCUUUGCUCCCUCAAGAUCCCCCUCCAACAGAAAUACCUCCUCCUAGUGCAGAAGAGGAAAAAAGAGAUAUGCCACCUGACAUGUCUGUACUGCCUCUUCACAUACGCAUUCAACAGGCUCUCAACAGUCCACAGCCGGUGCCCACGUUGGAUAAUUCCCAGCGGGCGCACUCCCUUUUGUUUUUUUCCAAUGAAUUGGGGUCGGCUGAAGAGAAAACACGAGUGAGAUCCUUGCCUGUCACUAUAGAGCUUCUUAAAGUGCCUGAUGAUGACGAUGACGAAGAAGUUAGCACCGGGGAGGAGGAUUUGUCUCCAGAAGGAGGACAUUCUCAUGCCUCAAGGGUUUAUAUUGGGGAUGUUCCUGCUGUUACUGUAAUACCAAGCUACAUUCCACCAUGCCUUCAGGAGGAGGAUGAGGAGGAUGAAGAUGAAGGUGUUAGCGACAGUGAUUCCGAAGGGCCUAUACUGUACAAAGAGGAAGAUGAAGAAGAUGAUGAUGAUGAUGAUUCCACAACCAGUGCCCUGGCCAAUAAAGUGAAAAGAAAAGACACUCUGGCCAUGAAGUUAGGUGGAAAGUCAGGUUCUCAUGAGGAAGAUGCGGAGUUUCCUCACCGCAGUCGAGAUGAGUGGAAUCGAAUACGGGAGCAGAUUGGUUCACAACUCAACCGAAGAUUGAGCCAGAGACCAUCUGCCGAGGAGCUGGAGCAAAGAAACAUUCUGCAAUUAAAGAAUGAAGCUGACCGGCUGGCAGAGAGACGAGAAAUCAAGAGGCGACUGACCCGUAAGCUUAGUCAAAGACCUACAGUGGCUGAGCUAUUGGAGCGGAAGAUUCUUCGAUUUAAUGAGUAUGUGGAGGUGACAGAUGCUCACGACUAUGACCGGAGGGCUGAUAAACCCUGGACUAAGCUCACACCUGCUGACAAGGCAGCGAUCCGUAAGGAACUAAAUGACUUCAAGAGCACGGAGAUGGCUGUGCAUGAGGAGAGCAAACACUACACACGAUUUCAUCGGCCUUAAGACACAUUGAGAGAAAUUUUAGGGCAAGAAGCACUUACCUGCAUAGGAAGUUGUGCCAAUCACAAGUCUGUCUUCCCUCUGAUUUACCUCAGCCCUGCACCCGCAAUUGGUUGAGGUGGUAAUAUAGAGUAAUACUUUGUAGCUUGUGAUUUCCCAAUCUUAUCCCUACGGUAAAGGACUCUGUGUCUUGACCAGUGCUGACGUUCAAGUAUUUUUUAAUGCGACACUAAGGACAUCUCUUCCAAUCAUCAUGUGAUCUCCCAGUGCCUUAGUUCAAGAAGUUGGGGCUGGCCCUGUGGGUGUUUUUUUUCUUAAAUACUUUCUGUAUUUUGAAUUAAAUGGAGUGAAGACUUUUCUUACCUGUGUGCACAGGUCUUCCAAUGGAUACCAGGUAUCUCUCAGGGAUGGGUGGUUAGUUUGUGUUUUAAAUGUAAUCCAGCAUGAGUUCUGAACGGUUGACGUAUUUUAGGCCUUGAAACCUGCCAGAUGCUUGGUUCAAUGCAUAGAAGAUCACAGCAUAUCACUGAGGUUUAUACCUAUACGUGACCAUGGAGCUGGCAUUUCCGGUAACUCCAACAAUAAUACUGUCCAUUUUUAUUACACUGAUGCUAAUCGUAUACGUUUUUAAGCAGCAUGAGCUGUAGCUUUUGAGGUCAGGGACCUAUUAAGGAGAAUGUCAUUGUGAAGAUUUUUAUUUUUUUUUUUUUUUUUUUUUUUUUUUUUACUCCAGGUUUGCUAUAAUACACUACGCCUUACUAUAAAUGAAUCAUGUGCUUUAGAAAUACAUUCUGAGAGAUACGAUAUGUAUAUAUAUGUACCAUACGUCUGACUUAGGGACAACUGGAAUAUUUUUUUUUCUGAAUGUGUAUGUAUGUAUAUAUAUAUGUAUACUUGGAUAGCACCAGUGUCUGUAUAUCAGUUUGUCUUAAUCUGAGUUUUUAAUGAUGAAAAUUAAAAAAAAUUAUUUUAGGCAAAAAAUUGGGAAUUGUCUUGUUUUUCAGAGGAAAUGUUUAAGUGCAAAAUAAUCUAUUUCAUUGUG